GACAUCGGCGUCGUGCGGGAUGAACCGCAGCAGUUGGAUCAAAUGUUGCAAGCGGACAAGAAGGAAAUGUUAAAGAAGGCUCUCUUUCGUGGUGAUGUUUCAUUAACUGAAGAACUCUUAAACUCUGGUAUAAGCAUAGAAUGUAGCUUUCAGUUUGGAUGGACUCCUCUGAUGUAUGCUGCAAGUGUGGCUGACUUUGCAAUAGUGCAUCUUCUUCUGGACAGAGGUGCUAACGCAUGUUUUGAAAUAGAUAAGUACACCGUGCUGAUGGCAGCAUGUACUGCGCACGCUUCAGAGGAGAACAUCCUGAAGACUGUAGAACUGCUUCUGUCAAGGAAUGCUGACCCUAACCUUACUUGCAGGAGACAAAUGACUCCACUGAUGUAUGCAGCUAGAAAAGGCUAUCCUCGGGUUGUUGCUCUUCUUGUUGCUCAUGGAUCACACAUAAAUGCCCAAGAUGAAAAUGGGUAUUCAGCAUUAAUAUGGGCAACACAGCAUGGACAUAAAAGUGUAAUCUUUAAGUUGCUUGAGCUGGGAGCUGACAAAAAUCUACAGACUAAGGAUGAGAAAACAGCAGCAGAGCUUGCAAAAAUCAAUAAAUGCUCAGAGAUUUAUAGUUUACUCUCUUUGGCUGCAAGUCACUUGCAAGGGAGAUACCACGAAAUGAUUAAGCAAGAGGUUACCUACAAAUUUCUGAAAACUGCUCCUGAAAACAGAGUUGGUUCCUAUUCAACUUUUGAUGACGUGGAAGUGUUUUUACAUGGUCUUAAUCUAGAACACGUAAUAGGAUUACUGAAGGAAAGAGACAUAAAUUUAAGACAACUUCUGAUCAUGCAAAAAGAUGAGUUAAUACAGAUUGGCAUUACUAAUCCUGGAGAUCAACAGAAACUCCUAGAUGCUAUUAAUGAGCUACAAGUAGAAGAAAGAAGAACUGGAGACCUCUCUGAAGUGAUGAAGCUGGAAUUGAGUAGAGAUGAAUUCCUCAAAUUUCUUCAGAAGUUGAAUAAAGAGUGUAGUAAGCUGACUGUUCCUGUGCAGACCAUGAAUAAGCAUCUCCUCAAAAAUUCUCACAAGGUAGUACUGCAGUGGGCACCAAUGGAAAGUUCUGUUGAAGUCUGCAAAGACUUGGUUUGCAGUGUUGAAAAGCUGGGAGAAGAAGUUACCAAACUGAAGAACCUGGUGGAGAAGCAUGAACAGAGGAAUGACCCCAGCCGAGUGAAACUUCCAGAAAAAGCACUCACCUUGCAAAAAAGAUUAGUAAAAGUGGGAGUGGUAACAUUGCUUGGAUUUGGUUUUUUCUUCUUUAUAACUAAGUUAGUGGUAAAGAAAACCUGACUUCUAAGUUUAGUGCUAUGAAUACUUUUGGGAAACUUGGUCACAUUAUGCUUCUGUUCGGUAUAAGCAGCUGAGCUGAAGUCAUAUAAAAAUUUGUACAGUUUCUCAUCAUAUCUGUAGGAUUUGCAUACAGUAAGUACUUUUGAUCAAGAAAUAAAGUUGUUAAAAAUGAA